AUGUAUACCACAGUCAGAUGCAUUAUUGACGCUGCCUAUAAAUGUGAUGAGGGCCGACGGCGCAGAGAAAUCGGUUCUGAUGUUGUAACUAACAUGAUGCAGACGACAAAGCCUAUAGGCAACUUUUUGCAGAUAAUGAGUGAGUUCUUCGGAGACGAAGCAAUGUUCGAUGUAGAAACGUCAUGGUUCCAGACGUUCAAACAGACUGUAUCGGACGAUACUGACUUGGGUCAAAUGCUUUCGGAACAAGAACGCACAUCUAUUAAAAACUCUGUCAAAAACGAAACAUCGAAGGCAAUUCUUAGUAGAUUUCUGGAACGGUGGAAUAACACAGCAUCUGCAUGGAACAACGGAAGUCUGACAGAACUGGAAGACACAGGCGGGGUGAUAAGUCUGUCUCGCCUAAAACCCAAAAUUCAACAGUAUAUAACGGACACAGAUGCAGCCUCGGCAAAGGGUUAUGCUAACAUAUUUUUCCAAUAUGAUAAUGCAUCUUCUGCCUACAAACAAGCUGAGGAAAAGAAGAGUUCGGAAGGAGGUUCGAAGGAGGACGGUGUUUGUGCAAGUGUUAGAGUUCGCAUUCUCCAAGAACUGGUUCUUACUCGCGAUGCAUUUACUGCUCGCCUGGAGAUCGAAAAUGGGGAAAACUCUGAUCUACAAAACAUCAAAGUUCAGAUAGAAAUCAGACCGACUUACGGAUCGUCAACGAAUAACAUCGACAAAUUUUCAAUUGGAAAGCCAACACUGAUUGGACUAAGUGGGGUAGAUGGCACUGGCAGUCUUCAAAGGGACACCUCAGGGUCAGCAGAGUGGUUGAUAAUCCCUUAUUCGACCGCUGCACCUCAAGACGACACCCUGUAUGACGUUGGUGGGACAUUGUCAUAUAGCGUAGGUGGAUCAGAGUUUUCAUUGCCCUUGCUUCCGGACACAAUAACGGUCAAGCCAAAUCCUAGUCUUAUUGUUCACUAUUUCCAUGAAAAGUACGUCCAAGGAGACAAUCCGAUGACACAGACAGUGGAACCUGUUGUUCCGUUUAGUCUUGCAGUUAUGGUAAUGAAUAAGGGGUACGGUAUUGCCCGCGCGUUAAAGAUAACAUCCGGCCAGCCGGAAAUAAUCGAGAAUGAGAAAGGAUUGUUAGUAGCAUUCGAAAUAAUCGGUGCGCAAAUGGGGUCGAACUCAAUAACGCCAUCAUUGAUAGUUGAUUUCGGGGAUAUUUCAUCCUCUCAGACUAAAACGGCGCGAUGGUUAAUGACGUCAUCGCUCAUGGGCAAGUUCUUUAACUACAGCGCAACAUUCGAGAACAUAAAUCCACUCGGAGAUCCUCAGUUGUCUCUCCUGGACGAUUUAGGAUACCACGAACUGUUUCAUCUUGUUCGCAUUAACAAUUCAGAUAAAGAUGACGGACUUGAUGACUUUUUGGUUAACGACUAUAUUGACGUUGACGACAUUCCUGACCGACUUUAUAAUAGCAACAACGGGUUGGAUGUUAUGGCCGUUACACACGCGAAUAUUACAAACGUUACUGCACUAUCGUUUGUCAGAUCAAUGAACAAAAUCUACACAAAUAUUACCAUAGCAAUACAGAAACAUGUGAGCAACUGGAUAUAUAGCAGAUUGGAAAACACAUAUAAACCCAAUGAAAAGCUGAUUUACGCGGAAGCUGUUGAUGGACAUCGACCGUUAUUUCUUCAUAAGAAUGUUUGGCAAACAACAUAUAUCAAAGAUAAAACAUUAAUUCACCUGUUUGACUACGUUUCCAAUUCAACGAACAUGUCCAUCGACACGAUAUAUCAACUAACAUUCGGUAGUGAAAACAUGUAUGCACCUAAAUUUAACAUGACUUCCUUAGUUCACGAGGUUCGGCGUGUAACACCUGUGGGUUCUACUGUACUAAAUGUCGUAGCAUACGACCUGGAUAACGAUGAGGUAGACAUACUCAUGUUGUCGAACACCACCGAGUUUCUAAUAAAUAAAACUUCGGCUUUAACCGCAUCGUUGACGGUUGUAACGCCACUUAAUCCUGGUGUUAUAGUCAUUGGACUGCUGGCGAAGGACCAUGGUAUUCCUCCAAAAACGUUCCUUGCAAAUUUUUCAUUGACCAUAACGGAUGAUAUAAACACCACUACCCCCGUUUUCUUAACUGUAUCAUCAAUUGCAAGCUCCACAGCUCUUAAUACAGUAACUCCACCCAAAACCAUUACGUCAACUGAACCGAGUACAAAUGUGACAAUACCCACAACUGAUUAUACCAAAGAAGGAUCAUCCAUUAUGUCUACUUCAACCAAUUCAAACGUGUCGUCAUUGUCCUCAAUGGCAACAACAAACGCAACAGUCUCUGCAACAACUACAUAUCAAACCAAGAAUACAUCAACCGUGUCUCCAACUACACAUGAUCUGUAUACUACAAGAGAUUCCACCGGUGGAAAUCUUUCUUCCUCAACAAAGUCCUCAGCCACACACGCAACUGACACUUUAUCAAAUUCCACUGAGUCUACAUCAACAUCGUCAGCUUCUUCAACCGUAUCAACAACGACUACAAAUCAAACCACAUUUAGAUCAACCGUUUCUUCUACUACACAAGAUAUGUAUACUACAAAAGAUCCCACCAGUGGCAAUCUUUCUACCACAACAAAGCCUUCAAACACAAACGCAACCGACACUUCAUCAAUUUCCAAUGAGUCUACACCAACAAAGUCGGUUUCCACGACUCCAAACAUAUCAACCACUAUGGCAGAAUUUACGACAUCGAAUGUUUUCUCAGUGACAACUGGGUCGACCAAUAUCACUAGUACAGUUCCCAACCAAGAAGGUGUUUUCGCAUACUGGAUUUUGCCUACCGUGAUAGGAUGCGCGGUAGGGGUCAUUGUUCUUCUGGCCGUUAUUAUAAUUGUAUACGUAUGUGUAAAGAAACCGCAAGCGUUUAGAAGGCAAGGAGGAAAUUACAGAACAUAGAGACAAUUUGAAAGUGAAGUCUGGUUUAUGCAGCGAUACACCCAUAAAGGCAUGCGCAGUGUUCGUUAAAGUGGAAAAUGUAUUCCCUGACAUUGUUUGGAAAUCUGCCUGCAUUUUAAUGUAUAAUUGUCGAUUGAGAUAUGUGUACCGAUGCUAAUCGCUGUUUGUUUGUGUUAUAUAGACUUAAUAUGCGAUUGUAUACGCAUGCUGAUUCUU